AUGGCACAAGGAGGAGCUAAAAAGAAGGUUGUUACAAAUACAAAGCCAAUAUUGAAUAAGAAUACAAAUAAUGGUGACGGUAGUACUACUACUACUAAGCCAAAACUACCAAAACAACCAAAACCACAACCACCUAAACAACAACAAAUAACAAAGAAACCAAAGCAAGAUGAUAACAAGGCUACUAGUAAUGCAAAGGUCGCAGUUGCAAAGAAACCAUCUACAUCUACAUCUCAAUCACAACCACCAGUAGCAACUAAAAAACAACAAAUCGUUCAAGAAGAAGAGAUUCAAGAAGAAAACGAACAAGAUGAUGAUAAUGUUGAACAAGAUGGAGAAGAAGAUCCUUUAGCAGGAUUAGAAAAACAUGGUAAAGAAUUAUCAGAUUUACAACUUGCUAUUGAUGAUUUAGAGACUAAACAAAUUAAAGAAACUUUGAAACUUGAAAUAGAAGCUGAUCGUAAACUUGCUCCAUCCUACCAAGCAAGAGAAAAGUUAAUCGAGAAAUUACCAUUGUUUUGGGUUACUGCUUUCCAAGGUCAUCCAACACUCCAAAGUGUAUUUAUUGAAAAGGAUAUCGAUUUAUUAUCAAAUUUGACAACAUUCAAGGUUGAAACAAGUAGCGUUGGUACAUGUUCCAUUACAAAGUUGACUUUUAUAUUUGGAAAUAAUAGUUAUUUAAAGAAUAAAAUGAUUCAAAAGGAAUACAAGAUUAGAGAAGAUGGUGAAAUUGAUGUUAGUUGUACAAAAAUAAACUGGAAAAAUGGAAAUGAUAUUACAUUAGUAAAGAAUGAAGAAGAUGCAAGUUUCUUUUCAUGGUUUGAUUCAGAGGAAGAUGAAACUGAACUACUUAGUAUCCUUAAAGAUGAAAUAUGGCCAAACCCAAUGCCAUACUACAAUGGUCAAUUUUUAGGUGGAGAGGAUGAUGAAGAAGAAGAAGAAGAAGAAGUAGAUGAAGAAUAA